AAGGUGGGGGCGAGCUGAGGUGUUUGGGGGAAAAAACAGGAUUCAGAACCUUUCUCUCUGAGUAUUUUUUAAAAUCCAUCUGCUCUUGUGCCUCACGAUGAUCUCGUUCUUAGGGUGGAACAGCUGAAUUUCCUUCAGAAACAAUCCCUCUUACCCCCACCUGACGGUUUUGUUCUUUCUGCUCUGUGCUAUGCUGAAGAUGUCCCAUGGCCACACAACCCAGGAAACUCUGGAGAUCAUGAAAGAGUCAGAAAAGCGCCUGGUUGAGGAAUCGGUCAACAGAAGUAAAGCUGUGUCUAGGUCACCAAGUAAAGAGGAGCAAGAAUCGGAUGACCUUAACUCGCGCCAAGAGCCACAGAGGCGGAAUCCAAGCCACGGACAUGCCAGGAAAAGAGCCAAGUCCAACUCAAAGUUAAAGCUUGUUAGAGGUUUAGCUGUGUGUGAAGAAUUUUCUGGGCCUUUCGUGGAUGGGCCAUUGGAGCCUCAGGAUGUCAUUCAUUUACAUAUCAGCUGUCCUUCUGACAAGGAAGAUAAACCAUGCAAAGAUGUGACUGAGAAGGAAGAUAAAAAUAAAGAAAAGGGGCCAAAGAAAAUGCUAUCAAGAGAUUCCAGUCAGGAAUACACAGAUUCUACAGGAAUAGAUGUACAUGAGUUUUUAGUGAACACACUGAAGAAUAAUCCAAGAGACAGAAUGAUGCUGCUAAAAUUAGAACAAGAAAUCCUUGAAUUUAUUAAUGACAAUAGCAAUCAAUUUAAGAAGUUUCCACAGAUGACCUCAUAUCACAGGAUGCUUUUACAUCGUGCUGCUGCAUACUUUGGCAUGGAUCAUAAUGUAGACCAAACAGGCAAGGCUGUGAUCAUCAACAAAACUAGCAACACACGGAUUCCAGAGCAGAGGUUUUCUGAGCACAUCAAAGAUGAAAAGAGCUGUGAUUUCCAACAAAGGUUUAUUCUAAAAAGGGAUGACGCCAGCAUGGACAGAGAUGAUAAUCAGAUUAGAGUUCCCUUACAAGAUGGGAGGAGGAGUAAAUCCAUAGAAGAGAGGGAAGAAGAAUACCAAAGGGUUCGGGAAAGGAUUUUUGCGCGGGAGUCUGCCCAGAAUGGUCAUGUUGAUAACAGAGUCUACAGAGAAGGCUUUACCGCUAUCUCUCUCAAAAGGAGACAGUUGUUUAGGGGUAACAGGGACUUGCUGAAUAGAGGCUCUUGCAGUCGGCAGAGCAGCACUGACGGUGAAAUGAAGUCUCUGGAUCCUCGGCCCUGGAGCAGCACAGACUCGGAUGGCCCGUGUCGCAAUAUGCGUCCUCCAGUAACCAAAGCUAGCAGCUUCAGUGGUAUCUCAAUCCUAACCAGAGGCGACAGUAUUGGCAGCAAUAAGAGUGCUAUUAACCGUGCUGGUAGGCCAGGCUUGCCGAUAGGCACCCCAGAAGUAUGCAGCCAAGCCUCUUCCUCCUCUCAGCAGUCCACUCGAAGCGUCAUACCUUGCACGACACAGCAACAGCAUCCCCAUCCUCACCAGGCACUGCCACCCACUCCUCCGCAGCAAUCCAUGAGUAACCACUUAAUGUCACAGACCCUCCAGCCCUCUCCACAACCGGUCCAGUACUCCGCCAGCUCCUGCCCCCAAGUCCUUCUGCCAGUAUCACCUCCCCAGCAGUACAAUCUGGCUGAUGAUUUGAACAGUCAUUUCGGACAAAUGACUCUGAGUCGCCAGGGCUCAACUGAGGCACCAGAUCCAUCUUCUGCCAUGUACCAGCCUCCCAUUAUAUCGCAACAUCCCCAGCAGGCUGGCUUCAUCAUGACAUCAGGGGGACAGGCUAUCCCCGCCACUGGCUACCCUUCCUCAGGACACCCUUCUCCUACUCAGCAGGUCAUCCCACCACAGGGAUUCAUGCAACCUCCACAGCAAAUUCAGGUCUCGUAUUACCCCACGGGGCAGUACCCCAACUCUAGCCAGCAAUACCGACCUCUUUCACACCCAGCGGCCUACAAUUCACAACGCAAUCAGCAGGUCACCCAGCCGCCUCAGCAACCUGGUAUGCAGUCCAUAAUCUCUAGCCAGCCUCCUACUUACCAGGGCAUGAUGGGUGUCCAGCAAUCGCAAAACUCUGCCAUCCUCAGCAACCAGAGAGCUGGUGUCGGAAGCCAAAUGCAGAGUAUGAUGGUGCAGUACACUCCACUCCCUUCAUAUCAAGUCCCGGUGGGCAGUGAAUCCCAGGGAGUUGUGCCGCAGACGUACCAGCAGUCUGUGUUGGUGCCUGCAAACCAGUCGGUUCAGGGAGCAAUGCCUGCCGGAGGGAUGCCAGUCUAUUACAGUGUUAUACCACCAGCACAGCAGAAUGGCUCCAGUCACUCGGUAGGCUUUCUGCCACCUCCUGGCUCUGAACAGUACCAGAUGUCUCAGUCUCCUUCACCAUGCAGUCCUCCGCAGAUCCAGCAGCAGUAUUCAGGAGUCAACCCUUCCAGUUUGGGUGUUAUGGUAAUGCAGCUGAAUGUUCCCAAUGGCCCUCAAGGAUCUUCACAGAAUCCAGCGAUGGUCCAGUGGAACCACUGCAAAUACUUUGGUGUUGACCAGCGGGGUCAGAAACCGGACCAUCUAUAUAACCCAGAUGGCGGUACUCAGGCCAAUAACUUGCUGAGUAGCCCCAUGACAUCGCCUGCACAGUCCCCCACGCCGUCCCCAGGCUCCACUUUGAACAAUGUGUGCACUGGACUCUCUCCAAUGCCUGUAGUUUCCCAGUUCCCUCGGCCAGUGUGCUCGACACAAGGAGAUUCUCGAUACUCGCUGCUUGGACAGCCGCUGCAGUACAGCCUUUCUGUCUGUCCUCCUUUAUUACACAGCCAGCCCCCCUACUCAGCACAACUGACAGGGAUAAAACAUGGAAACAGAGGGAAAAGGCAAGCCCUUAAAUCGGCAUCCACGGACCUGGGCACAGCUGAUGUAGUACUUGGCAGAGUUUUGGAGAUCACAGACCUACCAGAGGGCAUCACAAGAUCAGAAGCAGGAAAGCUCUUCACCCAGCUGGCAAUGUCUGGUGCCAAAAUCCAGUGGCUGAGGGACUCUCAGGGUCACAAUCCAGGGCCCGGUGGCGACAACCAUGGACCGGCUGAGAAUGGCCGCCAUACCCACAACAAUGACCUGGCUGAGUUUUACACCAUUGUGGCAGUCUUCCCCAACACCAUUGCAGCACAGAACGCCUCUGUGCAGCUUAACAGCCCCAUCAGUCGCUUUAAGCUGCGCAGCAUCAAAAAGAACUAUGACUUGCGCGUACUGGAACGUGCCAGCUCCCAAUAGGGCAUGGGGAAGGUGGGCGUGAAGGGAGCAAGAGGGCUGAAAGGAGAACCAGGGGAAUGAAAGACUCAUCCCGCCGCUCUUCACCAUUCUCUUCUUCCUCCUUCCACUUUCUGCCCCAAAAAAGAAGCACACUGGACUUAUAAAUACAGCCUCACCUGGCCCCGACUCCUCUUACUCCCUGUCACCUUUAUUCUUUCAAGUAGUUCCCUACACAUUCUUACAUUUUUGUCACCUUUUCAUUUUUGCUGGUCUUUAGCAACCCAUCACUGUUAGUUAAUCCACAGACCUCACGCCUCUGAUCUUGUGUUGUUGAUAUCUUCUUUAGCUCUCGCACUCUUGUUUACUAUCUCUGUAAGAUGUAUACUGUUUUGAUUGUUUUUUUUCUUCAUUUCCCCCUUUUUUCCCUCUCCUUUUCCUGCGUAUAAUUUUACCUCUUCAUUUGUUUCCUGCACACUCGGCAUACACAUUGCAUUGGUUUGCAGUCUGUAGCAGGCUCGUCUACCUAAGGGAUGAAACAUUUAUCUUUGUUUUUCUCUCUUCAAAUGCUUUUCCUCUGAAAUUCUGGACAUUAACCAUAUGCUGAACGAGAGCAGAGGUGCUCUUUUGAAGGUAUCAAGCUGCCGUAGGGUGAAAAAAAGGACAAAAUUUACUUUUGUUUGCCCUUAAUGGAAAUUCUGCCUUUUUAUUUCUUCUUGGAGUUGGUUGUCCCUGAACAUUGUAUAGGUUUUUGUGUUCUUUUGUUUUGUGUUUUUUUUUUUUUCUUCUAAUUUUGUUUUUUUUUAGGGUUUUUUUCUGAUGCUUGUGAGAGUACAUUAACAUGGAUAUUUAUUUGCACAAAUGGGCUGUACUCACUGUAAAUUUUAUUUAAUCCAAUUUUGUUUUUAAAUAUGGAAAAAAAGUAUGUGUCACAUUAAAA